AAAUGAAAAAAAAAAAAAAAAUCAAAGUAGUACAUCAAGCAUGUAAAAAUUCUGCACCUUUUUUAUAAAAGGCCACACGCCUAUCUUGCCAUCAAAAGUACAAUUUCCUUCUUCAUCAUAUCUUGGCUUGGCAAGAGCCGACAAUAACAUCACUUUGUCAAUUGAGUUCUUAUUUUGCACAGUUCUGAGUAGGUCCUCUUCUUCUGGAAGCAUGUAAAAAUUCUUUGCCUUUUUUUGGCGUUGAACAACUUCUCGUCUAAGUGUACAAUGUUGCGCAUGUCAAUGAAUUUGGGUUCGUUUUGCAAAGUAUGCUGAUCUAACAUGGAAACACAGAACCGCAGCCUAGCGUUUUUGUUUGAUUCCUUCAAAUAUGGCUUUAGUGAGUUGGAGUGACGUCUUAGCAUCCGCUCUUUGAACCACCUAUGUAGUGUGCUUUUACUCACACCUAGAGCAUCUGCAAGUAACCGUAUAAUACUUCUUCUGUUCAAGGGAAUAGUAGCAACCAGAGACAAGUCAAUUUCAACCUUUUACGCCCACAAUUCUUGGGCUUCCUUGAAAUUAUAUCAACAGUUAUUCCUUGUGUACAACACUGCUUCACUCUCCACCAAACAGAUUGGACUGUAGCCCUUUUCACAUUUAACAAUUCAGCAACAAUUCUUGUUGUGUUUCUUUUAAGUUUUCAACGUUCACUUCUCUCAAUCAAUGUUGCAUAUAUGUCUUGCCUUUGUAUGUCGGUCAAGUUUUUGUAUUUUUUUCAUCAUUACCUUGAUCAGGUUGGACUUGUGCAUCUUGCUCAUCACUUGAAUCUUCCAAUUCUUCUUCUUCAAAAACAACCUCCAUAUCGCCGGCGUACAUGCCAUAGUCCUGGAGGUCUACUUCAUCAUCAUAUGAACUUUAACAUGGAAUUCAAGAUUGAUGUGAAAAAAUAUGCUCUUGCGUACCUGACUCUUGCAUCAUCGGAUCCAUGUAAAGAUUGAAUGGAUGCCUUUCUUCUCCAUGGAGGACUUCCUCUCCUUGGACAGCAGCUGCUUCGUGGAGGCCUUCUUCUCCUUGGACAGCAGCUGCUUCGUGGAGGACUUCCUCUUUCUGGACUACCACUUGUUCUUCCUGGACUACCACUUCUACGGCUGGAAUAUUGAGAUCAGCUGCCGGCGACGUUCAACCUGCCCAAAUCGCAGCUCCAGAUGUACGGGGAAGGCGUGUACUGCGCCGGCGAGGACCACCUGAGCAGGUGCGCCGCGGGGAAGGACAGCCUCGAGCGGCUCACGUCGGUCGUCGCGUGGAGCAUCUCGACGACGAGGCCCCCCAUCUUCGGCUUCGCGCCGUACAACCCCGUCCUCGGGGAGACGCACCACGUCUCCGCAGGGUCGCUCAACGUCCUUCUCGAGCAGGUCUCUCAUCGUCCUCCAGUCUCUGCUCUGCACGCCACCGACGACGGCGGAAACGUCGAGCUCGUCUGGUGCCAAAGCCCACUCCCAAAAUUCUACGGCGCCAGCAUAGAAGCAACGGUGAAAGGCAAGAGGGAGGUCAGGCUCCGGAAGCUCAACGAGAGGUACGAGGUGGACUGCCCGAACCUGCUCAUCAGGCUGCUGCCGGUUCCGUCCGUGGAGUGGUCGGGGAACGUCAGGAUCGUCUGCAGGGACUCCGGGCUUGAAGCUGAAUUGAGCUACUGCAGAAGCCGCUCUUUCCUCGGAUUCGGAGGCGAUGCGAGAUGCGUAAAGGGCAGGAUUUUCCAUUCAGGAUCAGGUGAUGCUGUCUACGAAAUCGAUGGGCAUUGGGAUAGAACUGUUUCGUUGAAGGAUGUAAGCAGUGGAAAGGUCUCGGUCUUGUAUGAUGCCGAGCGCGCCAUUGCUAACCUCAGUACACCGGUGGUUGAAGACAAAAAGGGCUUGUCACCUUCAGAAUCUGCCGUGGUCUGGGGCGAAGUCAGUGAGGCUAUUCUGACAAAGGACUGGGAGAAAGCUCGGCAGGCGAAGCGACGAGUAGAAGACAGAGCCAGGAAGCUUCAGAAGGAGAGGAAUGAGGUCUGGAUGCCCAAGCACUUUUCUCUGUCUCAGAACAAGCAUGGCGUUUGGGAAUGCUGGCCGUUGGAGCCGUCAGUUCCUCCCGCUCCUAUUGUUGUUCCUUCAUGAGAGUAGAUCACAUGUAACAUAUUCUAUAUAAUAAAGCUGAUUUUUUACGUAAACUUAGUUGAUUAUUA